UCGAUUCGCUAUGAAAAGGUUUCACAUAUUAAUAUUCGUCUUUGUGCUGUAUGAACUUGUCAUCUGCAAUGAUCUAUCCUCGGAAGAGGAUGAAUCUGAUGAUCUAAAUAGCGGAUAUACCAUAGGUCGUACGCGAAACACUUUGAGGACGCUUGCACGUGAGUCAAAAGGUAAUUCGGAGAGUUAUUGUUGUUUUUGGAUAUAUCAAGAUCAUCCUGCUCUACCCGAUGCCGUGGAUCUUCAGAAAAAGUAUCCAUUCGACUUCAUAGUAAAUGGGAAGAUCUUGGUAACUAAACUUCCGACCAGUUCAACGUUAACUUAUAUAACGACUAAAAAAAUGUAAGGCAAAUAAUAAAAAAAUAAGCAGUUUAGUAUUCCUCUUGUCUGUUCAUUUACUUAGUUAAUUAAAUUCCAUUCGAACAGCAGAGGGACUGCAGCUACAGGAUGUGCUCUCGGCAUAUCCUGUUUGCACAACGUAUUUCUUCAUAUCGUAGUUAAAUAGUGCAAUAGCCAAAUUCUGUUUGCAUUUAAUCUGGCUUUUUCUCAUGUUGGCCGCAGCAGCUUCAGCUUCAGCUUCAGCAGCUGCAGGAGAAACUUUCAAGUCCCAUUGCAUAAUUCAGCUGGCUGGAGCUUGUGUAAUUUGCUGCUUCAAUGCUUAAUGAAAAUCCUUGAAAGAGAUUUAAAAUGUUCCCUCAGUUGUUUGGCACCUUUUUGCGCAAAUAAACUCCAGCUUCACAUGCUGGACUCGUGAAAUUGCAUUUAACUCUGAAAUGGAAGCUUUACUUGAGAUGCACUCAAGCUCUC